AUGUACGCAGUCAAGCUGUGGCCGGCGCCGAACGCUUACGGGCUGCCGCCGCUGGUGGGCUACGACAACCAUGACGUCACCAAACAUCGGAUGCCCGCAUACACCAUGCGGAAGGCGCUGAAGAGGGCGGUGUGGCGCCUGGGCCCAGGGCCGAAGUACGCCUUCCAGAGGAACCUCACACGCUACGGGCCCAACGGCACGCCGCAGUACUCCAUGGCCAAAAAGAUACGCCCACUGCCGCGCCUCAACGUGCCGGGCCCCCCCGCCUACUUGACGGAGGAGGUGCCGCCGAUGCGGACGGACCGCGCGCCGGCCUACAGCCUGGGC